GCUUGUCUAAAAAGUCUGGUUGCGUAUAAUUCGUAUAUAAACACAUUUUAGCCAGAUAACAAACUUUUGAAGGGAAUAAAAAUAAAAUGUUCUAGCUGUUUUGUGUAAAGUUCAAACCGAGCAAAUGAUUGGGAAAACUGAAAAGGAUAGUUUUGUCGGAAAUUUUCUGGACAUGCAGCACAGUGGACUUACACACCGGUACCCUGGUAUGUCACCGGGGAUGUCCGGGAUAACGAACUCUUCUUCUUUAAGUAUGAUGCCGUCGUUGUUUGGAGAUAACAAUUACUACCGGCACGCCGGCUACGGAAGCAUGGCCGUCGGUGGUAUGGGGAUGUAUGCCGGAACUGCCGCCGACCAGUAUUCCAUGACGCGGCACACACCGUACUCUCCCUACGGUCCGCCACACCACAGCACCAAGGACAUGGUGAAGCCACCAUACAGUUAUAUAGCACUGAUUGCAAUGGCUGUACAAAGCCAGCCGGAUAAGAAAGUUACGUUGAACGGCAUUUAUCAAUUCAUCAUGGACCGGUUUCCGUUUUACCGGGAAAAUAAACAAGGUUGGCAGAAUAGCAUACGUCAUAAUUUAUCUUUGAACGAGUGUUUUAUCAAAGUUCCCAGAGAUGAUAAGAAACCAGGAAAGGGGUCAUACUGGACAUUACAUCCCGACAGUUAUAAUAUGUUUGAUAAUGGGAGCUAUCUACGCCGACGCCGACGAUUCAAACGACCAAACGCGGAGAAAGAGGACGCUGAAGAUGGCGGCGAAACAAGAAAAAACAACGAUUCCGACGCCGAGGAUGACGGAAAUACAGCAAAAACGGCGAAUAAAAGUGAAUCAAAAGUUCAUUCCGCACAUAAAAAAGAAAAUCAAACUAAACCGGAAAAUGACUUUAAAACAGCAUACGGUAAUAAACAAUAUGUACUUGAUAGGAUAUCGUCGGCAAAGAUUGAACACGGCGAAACUUCAAAAUCUGACUGUGUAUCAAGGAUUCAACCUAGUCCAAACGCGUUACCCCUGCCGACAGAGCCGGUAGGAAAUGAACCACCAGCGGCGUCUUUUUCAGUUGAAAAUCUUAUGACAAACCAUCUUACUGAUAUUUCUCCAACGAACUCCUUUUUAAGUGGACGCAGUGCGGCACAUUUAUUGUCACCACCUAUGUUACAAUGUUACACCCGCCCGACGGAUAUGUACAGAAGUUCAUGCGUAUCAUCUUCCUCUAGUAACUAUGGAUACUCCAACAAUUUGAGUGCUCAGACAUUGUUUCAAUCCCCAGCUGGUAUAUGCAGUCCAUCCGGGCGGUCUCCCGUCGGGAACUCGAUAUCUCCAAACGAAGAAGGUUCCGGUGGCAGUGCUGGAAAUUCACCUCACACAACGCCGGCCCCGGCACAUGGAAAUAGUCAUUCAAGUCUACCUCAAGGAAAUGGACUUAUUUCAUCUAUGUUCAGUGGUUCCCAAAGCGGACAGGCAUAUUCUCGAGGAAAUUCGUGGUAUAUGCCGCCUUCUACAGACUUUAACCACCAUGGUUCAGAGUUCGCAGCGGCAUCAACACCAUUUGCAAAUAUGAGAGACAUGUUUGAAUCCCAACGCAUUCUUGGUAACCAAGGCCAGAAUUCUUCUACGGCGGCAGCGGCAUCUAGCUGUCAACUCGCCGCAUUUAGAACAACUUUCAAAAAUGCCUCGCAGUAUCCCUGUGAUUAUGGAAAGUUUUGACGUGCUUUUUUUUUCAAAUUCCGAGUCUGAAUGGAUUAUACUCAUGAAAUAAAUGCUAAACCAAAAAUAUUGAAAUAAAAAGGUUCAGUGUUCAAACAUCGUCUUGAAGGAAGUUCAUUUAAAAAGUAUUUAUUAAUAAACGUUUACUUUGUGUUUUGAAUCAUAAAUAUGUAACAUAUCGAUUUUUUAUAUUUAAGAAAGAAUUAUUUCUUUAAAAAACAUUUCUAGAAGGAGGAGGAGUCGGCAUCAUUUUUCAUAUUUCUGAAGCUUUUCACAUUGCAUUCGUACCUUUGUGUGUGUAUGGAUAUGUGUUUAUGGUGAUGCUUUAUUGUUUUCAUUCUUGGAAACUUUCUCGUUAACUUGUGCUGGACAUGCCUGCAGUGUGAACGUAAUUUAUAUGCGUUUAUUUAACUUUCCAGUUCGCUUGUUUUAUUUUUUUAAAUAGUUGAAGACAUGUUAUUCAAAUGGUAUACACUUAUAUGUUAAAUAUAUAUAUUGUGUUUUUUUGAAUAUCAAAAGAUAAUAUAAGUUGGUAUUAAAAAACAACAAAUCUAUAUAUCAAAAGUUUUAGAAUUUUAGGAGAUUUUGUGUAAACAUUUGUUCUAUUAGCAGUAUCCUUCAAAGGCAAUCCUUUGAUUUGUUUUCUUCCAUUUUGAUUAGCAUGAUAAUUGAAAAAAAAAUCUAUUACACUAUAUUUAUUACCACAUUAUACAAAUAAUUUUGCAACAGUAUACAUGUACGUUUAUCAUGUCUAUAAAUGUAUUUUUCAAAGAUACAUGUUAUUAAAAGUCAUUUUUCUAAAAAAAAACAAUAUAUACGCGUUUCCUUGUCUGUGUAUGCUCUUUAUUUACCUAACAUUAAGAGUGAAAUACAAAACCCCAAUGUAAACAUAUUCUUUUAAUCAAAUAUUCAAUACCGAUAUAAUGCAGAUUCUGGAGUUAUUUUUUCGUUUAUAUCAUUUUAUAGAAGCAUAAUUAUGUUCUCAUAAUAGCCUCUUUCGAAAAGAAAAAUCAUUAGUUUUUACUUUCGAAUAGUACAAGCGAAGAUUUGGAAUUGUAUUGCGGCAGACGAAAUCAAAUUCACCUGAAAGAUAAACUUUUUGACUGUCCAACAGUCCCCUUUUGGACUUGAAAUUGUAAAGACACAAUAUGUGAUAGAAAAUCUUCGAAAGAAAUAAUUAACUUGAAAUUCAACGUCUGAACUGAGACCGAAAACGAAAAAGUACAGUAAAAGUUCCAGUAUUAUUGACGAAUUGAAAUUUAACAUAAAUAUUAGAAGCAGUUUUAUAUACUUCUCCCUCACAAAAUCAUAUAAUCCAUUUACUGUGUUUAUUUUUCAGAUUUUAACUUUCUUUAAAAAGAUUUCAGUCAAAAGUGCGCUUUUGAGGUCAUAUUUUGACGAGCUCAAAACCAUGUUUACUUUUCGGCUUAUCGUAAAAAAUAACAUGUGCGUCCGUCAUCGGGUUUAUUAAAUAUAUGCAGGGUCGAAUUGCAGGGCUCGUAUUUCAUGUCAGAUAUUAUCGUGAAAACUGACAUAUGGUGAAAUAAUUGCAUCCUCGCGAAAACUGGUGUAAAUUUAUAUACAAAUUAAUGUGUUGUCAAAUUUGAUAAGUUCAGAAAACGUUGAAAUGUGUGUGCUUUUUCAUGAGAAAGAUUUUCUUCUAAAGAUAAAAACAGUUUGAUCUGUUUUUCAUAUUAGCAGAUGAUAUAGAAAUAUAUCAUUCAGUUGAAAUUAAGCGCUAAAUGACGGCAAGCAUCCCAUAAAGAAAAAAAAUAUGGGUACUAUUUCCUGAGAUUGACUUUGUAUUUUUAUAUCAUGUUAACAUUUUCAUUGGAUGUUUCCCUUUGCAUUAAACCAAUCAAUUUCCCGACGAAAACUGUACUUAAUUGAUCUUUUUUAAGAAAAACAAGUGAUUGUGUCUUUAAAAAAAUAUAUAUUGCGCAAAAUAACUGUAAAGUUUUAGCUAUGAUAUUUUGUUCUUUAUUGCCAACAUUUCAGAUGGAUUGUUUUCAGUAUUAAAUCGAAUGAAAACUUAUAUACAUUAUUUCGGCAAAAUAUAUUAAAAAUACAAAUGAG